AUGGUGAGGCUGCACUCUGCCCUGAGCCUGGGCGGCGGGAGGGAGGACACGCUGGCCCAUCUGGGCCCGUCAGGGGCCGCCGCUGUCACCCACACUCCUGGGGGCUCAGGGCGGGGGGGCGUCACCAGCCCUGCUGGGGGCCCCCGUGACUUGGAGCUGACCUGGGUCCCCAGCGUCCUGUACACCUUGCUGAGCCCCCCAGGGGCCGCAUGCGGCUGUGGCUGGGACCCUGGCCCAUCCUGGCUCGCCCCAGGCCCCACGUGGCCCCACAGGCUCCCCGCUGUCUCCCGGGAUGCCCUGCGUCCGCCGGCCAGCAGGGGGCGCGGGAGCGCAGCUUCGCGGGGGCGUCCGUGGGGUAAGAAGUCCCUCCCCGGAAGAGGCCUGGCGUCGACGGCGGAAGUGGAAGCAGUGCCGUCCACCCGGCUGGGCGGGCCCAGUCGCAGAGCGCCCGCGCUCCGCGCUGUCAACGUGGAUACCUUACUCCGCCUCUGCCGCGCGCUGCCCGCCACCACGGCCGUCGCCGCGUCCUCCGGGUGCGCGGGGGCAGAUGGCCGCGUCCAGCUGUUGCAGGCGGUGGACACGGAGCACACCGUGGACUCGGUGGAGUGGUGCCCGCUGCCGGGCUGCAGGCACUUGCUGGCGUGCGGCACCUACCAGCUGUGGAAGCCGGAGGACCGGCCCGCCGACCGGGAGAGCCAGAGUGAACUGGAUGUUGACGAGCCUCCAAUUCGUUUGGGUCGUCUCUACCUGUAUAGUUGCAAUGAGGACAGCUCUCCUUGCCCCCUGGUUGAAGUCCAAAGAAGAGACACUUCUGCGAUCCUGGACAUGAAAUGGUGUCACGUUCCAGUAGCCGGUCAUCCCCUCUUGGGCGUGGCAGAUGCUUCUGGGUCCAUAGAGCUCCUCCGCUUGGUGCCAUCUGAGCAGGACACUUGGACACUACAGCCCUGCUCCCGCUUGGCCCUGGAAAAGCAGUGUCUGGCCUUGUCCUUGGACUGGUCCACUGGGAAAGCCGGAAGGGCCAGUGACCAGCCCUUGAAAAUCAUUAGCAGCGACUCCAAAGGGCAGCUCCACCUCCUGAAGAUCAGCGAGGCGGGGCCUGGACUGCAGGCUGUGGUCACGUGGCAGGCCCAUCGGUUUGAGGCCUGGGUUGCUGCUUUCAAUUACUGGCAGACGGAAGUCGUGUACUCAGGUGGGGACGAUGGCCUCCUGAAGGGCUGGGACACCAGGACGCCCGGCACAGCCGCCUUCAGCAGCCGCAGACACUCCAUGGGCGUGUGCAGCAUCCAGAGCAGCCCCCACCGUGAGAACGUGUUGGCCACGGGAAGCUACGACGAGCAUGUUCUCCUCUGGGACACGCGGAGUCUGUGGCGGCCACUGGCUGACGUGCCAGUGCAGGGCGGGGUGUGGAGGCUCAAGUGGCACCCGUUCCACCGCGACCUGCUCCUAGCGGCCUGCAUGCACGGCGGCUUUACGAUCAUCAACUACCAGACGGCAGCAGAGCAAGAACAGGAAGCAGUCUCUCUGUCCUACCCCUUGCCCAACUCGCUGGUGUAUGGAACCGACUGGUCCUGGCUCUACUUCUGCCGUCUGCCACAGACCCAGCCGUCCUUCCCUGGCAGUGACCCAGAAGCCAGAACAGCAGACCAGGACCCUGCCCUGAAGGUUGCAGAUCCGUCACCAGCACCCUCUUCAGAGUGUUUAGCUGACAGUGAUGGAGUGGGAGGCACCACACACCAGGACGGAAGCAAGCUAGAGGCUCCUCUGCAGCCAUCUGCAGAGGACAAGAAGGAUGUCCGGCUGCCUACUUCAGGGAUCAAGAUCUGUGACUGCGACCAGGAUCUGGAGGCAGCAGACUUUGACAUCAACCUUCUGGCCACUUGCUCCUUUUAUAAUCAUGUUCUUCACCUCUGGAAGUGGGAGAACAUCUGAGCUGGGGAAGACGUUGUUUGGUUUGACAUGGUAAAGACAAUUUCCACAAAUAAAACCUAGAAUACAUCUUUA